AUGACCACUAAAUUAUACCCCAAUGAUUAUUUUGGAACUACCAUCCCAGAUAUUAACCAUGAAUUGGAUUGGUUAAUUAAAGAAAUUAUUAAACCGCAAUUACCUGAUUUAACCGAUACUUUAGAAACCUGUUUACAAUUACUUACCAGUGAACAGACAUUCAAAUUGCCCAUAACAAACAAAGACCAUCCAAAUUCUCUGGGUGAAUUAAAAGGAACUUUAACCAGACAAAGUGGGUAUAUUAUAGAUUACCAACUUAAAUUUUUUUUCCCAGAUUUCCAUAGGGGCAAAACUUUCUAUCUAAGUAACCGUGAUGAAAGCAAUAAGGAUAUUAUUACAGGUAAAAAAAUUCUAUUGCAACAACUGAGCGAUACUAUAGAAAAUAUUAAAACUUUAAUAGAAAUUUUAGAAACGUUGCAAGAUAUAAAAAACCCUAAUCAAUUUAAAAAAGUGUUUCAAAAAUUAAAUAACAUUUUUAAAGAAACCUGCUCUUUAUUGAAUAAUCCAUCUAAAAAUCUGUUAUUCCCCAAUUUUGCUUUACCACUUUUGCCCCAACUAACCAGUGCUCAUCAUGUGGUAGUUCCCGAAAUCAUCGUAUUACAGAACGAAUUGCAUCUAGAAUUCCGGUGUUUAGAGAACUGCCAACGGAAACCAUGGAGUGAAAUAGACGCAACAGGUAAAUCUCUAACAGAUAGGAUAAAACAAGACCUAGUCACGAAUAGACAAUAUAAUUUAUCACAAUUAUUAUCCUCCCAGCAAGCAUCAACUAGAUAUAAUGAUUUGAAAAUAGUAGAACCUAGUUUUUUCCACAAUUUGGCGGCUUCAACAAAUAAUAACAAUACAGAAUUUACAAUGCAAGAAAUACAAAACUAUUUAACCCAGUGUGUUACUUAUCAAAACAAAGUUUAUCUAGAUUUGGGCAAAAUAAUAUGCACCACCAGUGAUCCGUAUUUGAUAAGUGUCUGUAGUAAACUACAAUCAUUGAAUUCCACAAUAUCUAAUCAUUAUUCAAAUCUUGUAGAUCUUUGA